GCAAAGUUUGGCUGUGGCGGCAAAUGGGCUUGGGCGGCUCCUGGGCGGGUGGCGGCGGCGGCCGGCGCGGUGCGUCCCGGCUCUGUUGAUGGUGGGGCCCGACCCGGGGCCGAUGGCGCCCUAGAGCGCGGCCUGGCUGUGGGGGUCGGGGCGGGCGCCGGCCAUGUCGGAGGUGACCCGAGGUCUGCUGCAGCGCUGGGGCGCCAGUUUUCGCAGAGGCGCCGACUUCGACUCCUGGGGCCAGCUGGUGGAGGCGAUCGACGAGUAUCAGAUAUUAGCAAGACAUCUGCAAAAAGAGGCCCAAGCUCAACACAAUAAUUCUGAAUUCACAGAAGAACAAAAGAGAACCAUAGGCAAAAUUGCAACAUGCUUGGAAUUACGAAGUGCAGCUUUGCAGUCCACACAGUCCCAAGAAGAAUUUAAGCUGGAGGACCUAAAGAAGCUAGAGCCAAUCCUAAAGAAUAUUCUUACAUAUAAUAAGGAAUUCCCAUUUGAUGUUCAGCCUGUCCCCUUAAGAAGAAUUUUAGCUCCUGGUGAAGAAGAGAAUUUGGAAUUUGAAGAAGAUGAAGAGGAGGGUGGCGCAGGCGCAGGCUCUCCGGAUUCCUUUCCCGCGCGAGUGCCCGGUACUUUAUUGCCGCGGUUGCCCUCAGAACCUGGAAUGACGUUACUCACAAUCCGAAUCGAGAAGAUCGGCCUAAAGGAUGCCGGCCAGUGCAUCGAUCCAUAUAUCACCGUCAGCGUGAAGGAUCUCAAUGGUAUAGAUUUAACCCCUGUGCAAGAUACGCCCGUGGCUUCGAGGAAAGAAGAUACGUAUGUGCAUUUUAAUGUGGACAUUGAACUCCAGAAGCAUGUGGAAAAGCUAACCAAAGGGGCGGCCAUCUUCUUUGAAUUCAAACACUACAAACCUAAAAAGAGAUUUACCAGCACCAAGUGCUUUGCGUUCAUGGAGAUGGAUGAGAUUAAACCUGGACCAAUUGUAAUAGAACUGUACAAGAAGCCCACUGACUUUAAAAGAAAGAAAUUGCAACUGUUGACCAAGAAACCACUUUAUCUUCAUCUACAUCAGACUUUACACAAGGAAUGAUCCUGAUAUGACUAGCCUGGAACUUCUGUGAAUCGGACUGCUUGGUCAAAACCAUCACAACAGCGUACUGGUCCUCCGGCAGGCAGGAAGCGAGUGGUGAUGUGCCAGGCCUGCGAGUCCAUUGUGAUUCCGUACGGCAGAAUUCAAAUCCCAGCACGUCCUGGCAUCUCUGACCCUUUUGGAAACAGGCUGAUUGUAGAUCGGAAAUGUUUUCACUCUUCUAUUCAUUGUGCAAUUGAGUCUCUUGUCCGAUUUGCCACUACUCCUGCCUUGCACUUGGAACUGUUGUGGGUGGUUCAUGCUCAUCUUCAGGCUGACUUCAGGAACAAGAAUGUGCUAGAGUUUACACAUCUCUUCACUCUGCUCGAAUACACUCUUUUGGUUUUCU